AGGCUAAGGGGGGUUGGCUCUAAAAGGGCAUGCAGCUGUUUCGGCGCUAAAUUCAAUUCAAUCACGAUAAUGCAAUUCAAUUGUUGUUGUUGGAUGCUGCAAAUGCAGUUUUCUUCGCACGAUGUACGCAAAGAUGCUGGAAAUUCACUGCAGUAACUCCAUGCAGGUUGAAUUUUAAAGUUAGCAGAUGCUUAGCUGCUGUAAAAAAGCAUAAAUUUGAGUUUGGUUUGGUCACAGAAGACAAAGAACAUGGAGAAUGGCGUUGCUCUGUCCAAUCAAGUCCCAGAAAGCUAUAGAGACAGUCCUAGUUUUGACGAUGUAAACCUAAGCAAUGAUAGCACACCAAAAUAUACUGGAAAAUACAACUUUUGUAUGGACUCGGAAUAUUUGCUGAAUGCUCAUGCUGAUGCCUUAGCCAAAUGCAAGGAUAGUGAAUUGCCAAGAAAUGUGAGGUCAUAUUACAAAGGUCAAAAGCGUUUGAUCGAAUCAUUUAUGAACAACAACGAUGAAAUAGACGCAAGAUCAUUGCUAAAAGACGUUGCGUUAGCUGGACAGAUUUCAUUUUUCGCAAAUCUUCUCUUAAUCACAGCGAAGGCAGUAGCAGUGGGCCUGUCCGGAUCCCUCGCAAUAGUAUCAAGUUUAGUGGACAGUGCAGUUGAUUUGGUGUCCGGUUUUAUUAUUUGGUAUACCAGCAGGGCGAUGCGAAAAACUGACAUAUAUCAUUACCCAAUAGGUAGAACGCGCCUUGAACCUGUUGCCAUAGUAAUACUAUCGUGCAUUAUGGCGAGUGCAUCUGUCGUCAUGAUUCGUGAAUCGAUAGAAGGAAUUAUCAGCAAGAAUGUAUCUCCAGAUUUGUCCGCCGUGUCCAUUAUCCUUGUUGCAGUUACAAUUGUUACCAAACUAGCAUUGUACAUCUACUGUCGACGGUAUGAUACACCGUCGACACAAGCAUUAGCAACAGACCACAUCAAUGACACCGUCUCUAAUUCUUUUGCACUCUUAUUUGGAGCACUGGGAACAUAUGUCUGGUUGUAUGCAGACCCGAUUGGCGCAAUUUUGAUUAGUGUUUAUAUAUUUGUUAAUUGGUGGAAAACAGGAGCUCAGCAAAUCAAGAACUUGACGGGUAAAACUGCGCCUUCGCAUAUACUGCAGCGGAUCACAUGGAUCGCAGUGACGCAUGAUGAUCGAAUUGAGAAGAUAGAGACAGUCAGAGCAUUUAGAACUGGGAAUAGAUACCUCGCAGAGGUUGAUAUCGUUUUACCAGAAGAAAUGACGCUACGGACAGCUCAUAAUAUUGGUGAAACCUUACAGCGUAAAAUCGAACAACUUGAUCAAGUAGAGAGGGCCUUCGUGCACGUGGACUAUGAGUUCGGCCACGCAGCAUCAGAUGAACACAAAUAUGUAACUGCGUAGCAAUAUUGGAGAAGUGUUUUAGAUUUAAAGCUGUUGUAAAAUUAGUAGAUUUUCUAGCGUUGAAAACUCAAUUUUUGUACAAAAGCAGAGCAUAUUUUAAGGAUUUCUUUAUUGUGGGGUACAACCUCCAAGGGGGCCCACCCCAUGUGCAUUUUUCUAUAGACAGUGGGCCCAAGGGUGCAAAGUCAAAUGCUGGAAAGUAGUUGGCCAGAACGCAACUCGAUGUUUUCAAUUUUCAGUAUAGAGAAUCAUUAGGCCCUAAUUGUCACCAGACAGUAUGUGAAAGAAGCUCUUCAAGAAGCUUUUUCACGUUACCCUACUCUAGUGAAAAGCGUAUAAACCUUUCACUUUGACGUGUCUUUUUGCAUGUAUACACUCUUUUUAUAAGAACAAUUUUAUAAGAACACGAGCCUCAAAACUGGUCUAAAGUUAAGAACAAAUUAAGAACAAGCUGAGGCUGAGCUUCUGCAAAAUGCAAUUUUGAACAACGUUUUUUCUCAAAAUCGAGGAUUUUUAGCGAUGUAUGGGUGCUUUUUCGGUGGAUAUUCAAAUUUGUCAGCAAAUUAAGGCUGUCUCACAUACUUUGUUGGCAAAUGAGGCCUGAACACCUCCUUAGAGCGAAAAAGUUAGCAAUAGCACUGCUUACACACUCUUAAUUUAAGAACAAAUUAAGAAAAAUCCAGCCUCAGAUUUUCGAAAAAGUUAAGAACAGUCAGCAUGAACUUAAAUUGACUGGUUCUUAUAAAAAAGACUGUAUGCAAGGCCGCCAUGUCCCUCUGGCCUGCUUCUUUGUAUCCCUGUUUUGCAUUUAAAACUAUCUCUCUCUUAUCGGACAUUCCACUUUGACAUGUCUGUCUAUCAGUAGAAGGCGUGGCUAGUACAAUUUUCUCAAGCGUCUGAAGCCCCUUUUUUCAUUUAAAUGUGAAAUGAUAAAUUAUCCUUAAAAUUGGGCAUUUCUGUUAUUCCAAAGAAGCUACAUAAGCCUGGUCUCGCCCCACCCCCAGAUACAAUUACCUCUGGAUGCAGGAAACUAUAAUUGUAAUAUUCAUUAAAGAUUAACAGUUCCUUCUUAUUUCUUUAUAUUUAAAUUUAUUCAUGAUAUUUAUAUGAUAAAUUUUGAAAUCUCACGAUUAUUCUGUCAAAUCGUAUUUAUGACACCUAUAAUUUUUGUAUCUAAUUUAUCGUCAAUAUUAAUUUUAUUGGAUCUUAAAAAGUUAAAUAUGAUUGUAAAUAAUAAAACUUCAAAAGUAUAAGAAAUAAAACAUGUAUUUUCAUUGUAUUAAAUGGAUCAUUGUCAGGGAAGAAUUUUGGGGUUUGAGUCUAUAUAUUAUAAAAUAAAAUCAAUUUUUGUUGAAGAUUUGUGGAAAAUACUGAUUCUUUAUCAACGUCGCCUUCAAACCUGUUAUACUAACCCCCGUCGUUUGACACCCAGACAGUACAGUGCAUGGGGGCUCAACCCGAUAAUUGCCUUGCUUAACUUUAAAGAAUUUUGUUUUGCGGGGAGUAAAAGAUAGGGUUGAUAAGAUAGAUGUUUGUGUCUAGAAAGUAUCAAUUUGACAUUUGUCAUUUUAGAAAACUGUAACACUGAAAAAGAAAUAAUUACAAAACAGGAUGUUAACUCUGAGCC